GCAACUGAAGCACUCAUCAGGAAGGUAUCGAGAAGCAGAGAAGCUAUCUACUGCGCGCGGUCCAUCAAUGGCGGUGACCAAGAUCUACAUCGUGUACUACUCGACAUGGGGCCACGUGGCGAGUCUGGCAGAGGAGAUCAAGAAGGGCGCCGAUUCGGUUGACGGCGUUGAAGCUACGAUAUGGCAGGUGGCGGAGACGCUGCCGGAGGAGGUUCUUGGGAAGAUGCACGCGGCGGCGAAGAAGGCGGAGCACCCUGUGAUCUCAGGCAAGCAGCUGGCGGACGCGGACGGCCUCCUGUUCGGGUUCCCGGCGCGGUUCGGGAUGAUGGCGGCGCAGAUGAAGGCGCUGUUCGACUCCACCGGCGGGCUGUGGGAGCGGCAGGCGCUCGCAGGCAAGCCCGCGGGGUUCUUCUUCGCGCUGGGCACGCAGGGCGGCGGCCAGGAGGAGACGGCGCUCACGGCCGUGUCGCAGCUGACGCACCACGGCAUGAUGUUCGUGCCCGUGGGAUACACCUUCGGCGCCGGGAUGUUCGACAUGGACGAGGUCAGGUGCUGCAGCCCCUAUGGCUCCGGCACCUUCGCCGGCGCCGACGGCAAGAGCAGGAAACCCAGCGAUGCCGAGCUCCAGAUGGCCGCGCACCAGGGAAAGUACUUCGCCACCGUGGCCAAGAAGCUCAAGGCGGGAGCGGCAUUCGUCUGACUCACUGACCUUAAUUGGCAGCUUCUCCUUGUUUGCGUAAAGUUUACUCGCGCUGCGCGGGAAUAAAAUAAACACAGUCCAGAGUCCAGACCCAUCAGGCCCAUCACAUGUAACUUUAUGUUAAAAAUACCGUCCGGAAAUUGAUUGAGGUGACCUCGCUAAGGAACAUGCAUGUAACCUUCAUCAUCGAUUAUACUCGUACUAUAUAUUUCUGAAUUCCCAGCGAACUUUUCAGACUUCA